UGGAGCUUCGGCGGUUGAACCGCUCGCGCCGAGGGGUGGAGGCGGAGAAGCGACACUGGCCAUGGACCAGCCGGCCGGCCUGCAGGUGGACUACGUCUUCCGGGGUGUGGAGCACGCCGUGCGGGUGGUGGUGUCGGGACAGGUGCUGGAGCUGGAGGUGGAGGACCGCAUGACGGCUGACCAGUGGCGGGGCGAGUUCGAUGCCAACUUCAUCGAAGACUUGACUCACAAGACAGGGAACUUCAAACAGUUCAGCAUCUUCUGUAACAUGCUGGAGUCGGCCCUCACCCAGAGCAGCGAAUCAGUCACCCUUGACCUGUUGACCUACACAGAUCUGGAGUCCUGCGGAACCGCAAGAUGGGGGGCCGCCCAGGUCCCUCAGCCUCCAGGUCGGCCCAGCUCAACUCCAAGCGCUACCUGAUUCUCAUUUACUCCGUGGAGUUUGACAGG